CUUAACCCCUCAUCCUUUAUAAAAGAAAAGAAAAGAAAAGAAAACAAAUUAAGAAAGAAAUUAACUAAUCAAUCAGCAUUAUUGUUAAAAAAAAAAAAAAAAAAAAAAAAAAACAGAUACAGAGAAUAUACGAAAACAAUCGCCACCUCAUUUUCUUCGUUCUUUUUCUUUGUUCGACCAAUCUUUUUCACCCCAUUACAUUACUUUCCACAACACAAAUUCAAUUGUUUUUUGUCUUUCUUGCUCUCACUUCUCAAUCUUUGCUACUUUUUCUUUUAAAUAUUAAUAAUAAUCGUUCUUUGAUUCUUUUAUUUCAAGAACGGUAUAUGUAUAUAGGUGUGUCUUCCUAUUUUUGGCAGCGAUUGGUGAUAUUAUCAGGUUCGAUGACCCUUCUUGAAUUAGGGUUUCGAUUUAUAGCCUUUAGUUGAAGAUUAGGGUCUGUAAUUUCAAAGACGCAUUCUUCUGUAUAUAUGAAAGGUCGUUCUUAAUUGUGAAUAAAAGAUUUAGGUUUAGGGCUCUUUUGGGAAUUUAGGCUGAUUCAUUCGCAAUUUUGCGUUAUAAUUCGAGUAUUUGACCUUCUUUUUUAUUUUUUUGGGAAUAUAUUAAAGAGAGGAAAUCUUUGAAUAGGUUGGAUUGUUAAUAUGAUAUAUUUGAUGGAUUUUGGAGAUUAAGUUAAUAUUUUUCUGGAUUUCAUUAUAACCCUAAUAAAUGGUGAAUUGGGUACAAGUUUGAGUUGAAAUAGUUCGUUGCCAUCAUGGAUCAUGUUAUUGGUGGAAAGUUUAAGCUGGGAAGAAAAAUUGGGAGUGGUUCUUUUGGAGAGCUCUAUUUAGGUGUCAAUGUACAGAGUGGAGAGGAAGUGGCUAUCAAGUUGGAAUCUGUUAAAACGAAGCACCCUCAACUUCACUAUGAGUCAAAAAUUUACAUGCUUCUCCAAGGGGGAACUGGAAUUCCCAAUCUCAAAUGGUUUGGAGUUGAGGGUGAGUACAAUGUUAUGGUUAUCGAUCUUCUUGGACCUAGCUUGGAAGACCUAUUCAACUACUGCAAUCGGAAGUUCACAUUGAAAACAGUGUUAAUGCUUGCAGAUCAGUUAAUUAACAGGGUGGAAUACAUGCACUCAAGAGGUUUUCUUCACCGUGAUAUAAAGCCUGACAACUUUUUAAUGGGCCUAGGGCGCAAAGCAAAUCAGGCGUACGCCAUUGACUUUGGCCUUGCAAAAAAGUACAGGGACCUUCAGACUCAUAAGCACAUACCAUACAGAGAAAACAAAAAUCUUACAGGCACAGCUCGCUAUGCUAGUGUUAACACACACCUUGGAGUUGAACAAAGCAGAAGGGAUGAUCUAGAAUCUCUUGGUUACGUGCUUAUGUAUUUCCUAAGAGGAAGUCUUCCUUGGCAGGGGCUGAAAGCUGCCAACAAAAAGCAGAAAUAUGACAAGAUCAGUGAAAAGAAGAUGUUAACUCCAAUUGAGGCGCUUUGCAAAUCGUAUCCAUCAGAGUUCAUAUCUUACUUCCACUACUGUCGAUCGUUACGAUUUGAAGACAAACCAGAUUAUUCGUAUUUGAAGAGGCUUUUUCGUGACUUAUUUAUUCGCGAAGGUUAUCAGUUUGACUAUGUAUUUGAUUGGACUAUAUUGAAGUAUCCUCAGAUUGGUGCCAAUUCUAGAGGACGGAAUCCCAAUGGGAACACAGGUUUAAAUGCGGGACCAUCUGCCGAAAGACCAGAAAGGACCUCAGUGGGGCAAGAGUUUCGAGAUAAAUUCUCAGGUGCUGUUGAAGCCUUUUCCAGAAGAAAUGCUUCCGGUUUUGGUCGGCAUGGUGACCACUCCAGACGCAGGAGUACAGAGGAUGUCCCUUCAUCCAAGGAUGUGGAACCUGAUUCAGAAAAGGGCCGUUCUCAAAGUGGCAGCUCCUCGAAGAGGCCCAUCAGUUCAAGCAACAAACAAGCCUCUUCUGGUGAACCCAGUGAAGGGCGCUCAAGCCGACUAGUCACAGCCACUGGCCGCUUCUCUACUACACAAAGGAUCCAAUCCGGGAUAGAGCCCAAAUCAUCACCUUAUACUCGUGCUGCAGUCACCAAAGGCACCCGUGAUGACCCUCUUCGCAGCUUUGAGCUCCUCACUCUGAGGAAGUAAAAGGGUAUGGAUUUUUGUUCACUGAAAAAAAUGUUAUUUGUGCGUCGAGUGGACGAAGACUCGUCCUUUUGUGAACAAUUAGUAUAAAGUAUAAACUCAUUCUUGUAUAUGGAAAACCAGUGUCUUACACCACAGUUUAGGUUAUUUUACAUUAAGUUUCUUUUUGUUUCGAGUUUCUGGCCAUGUUAAUAUAAUCUAGAUUCAUCCGAGGAAGAUGGAAUCUGAUGUUCUGGAAUUUUGUUCUAUAUGUAUAAGAUGUGGGUAGCUGGAAUGAAUGCCGUCUGCUUUUGUAUCGUUGUAUUCUUCUUAAA